GCGAUUCUGUGUCAGAAUCAGCCAAGAUAAGCCAGGGUGUACACCUACAGUGAUCGUGGUGUUUAUAACUUAACGGACUUUAGCCGAGAGCCAUAUAAGGCCAAGUGGUUUUUUUUUUAUUCUUUCUUUCGGAAACUUGUAUUGUGAAGGCCUUGAUAUAUCAGUGACCUUGCAAGGAUAUCCAAGCGUUCGUUCGUGCAAAUAAGUCGAGAACCUCGUCUAUGGGUAAUACAGUACAGAAGCUGCGAACUCGUCUAGUGAUGGAGAGGGCACAAGCCGCCGCAGUAGCUGCAGGCCACCACCACGGGCUAGUCCCGUCGCAGUCCGUCUUCUACCCAGAGCGCAGCCGAAGCCCCGACGGCCGCAAGUCUUCCACGGGCUCCUCCAGCGACGCCUCAUGGACCAGCGCCCAGGACGACCCCUUGGACGCUGCCCUGCAGUCUCUGGACGACCUGCACGACCCCGACGGCGCGUUGAGCGACUUGCUCGCCCGCACGGGAGAGGACGACUUCAUGAAGGCCGUCCUGUCCUUCUGUUCCUACAUGGACGGCAGGAUGGACACCCUCGACAACUCGAAGAUCUACGACGAGUUCCGCUCCUACACGAUGAUGGCCGAGCCGGCCAAGGUGGAAGUUGCCUGAGAGGGAGAGAUGUCAUAGCAGUUGUCGUGUUCAACGCUUUCUAUAUAUUUAUCUACAAGCUUGGAAGAGCGCGCGAAGAUAAGAUGUAAGAAGAUAUCGCCGCCCCCGCCCCCUCCCGGCCCGCGGUUCUCCGGAAGUAGCAGUGCCCUUCCUUGUAUAAAUUUAAGUCGUCGUUUCGCCGCCGCCCUGCCCAGCCACCCCUUCAGCGUCCGUUAUGCACAGAGCAUCGUGGAAGCAGGACGCAACUUUUUCCACCGGAAGUGGAAAAAAAAAGAAAAGGAUUGCCUCGGUCGCUCACCCGCCUGCAAGAGAUUGUCUUUCGAUCAGGACAAUCCCGACCAACCGUCCACUCACUCUCCCCCCUUCUCCCAUCUCCAGUCAUGCAACCCCCUCCCUCACCUCCAGACCAACCAACCAACCAACCGACUAAACCAAACUCCUCGCAGAAACACGCACACGUAGGCAUGCAGCUAUUCCUUGUGAACAUUUCGAUGCUUCGUUGUCACAGACGCACGCACACACACACACAUGGAUGGUCGCUGCUGCCGUCAUGCUUGAUGAGGCUGCACCAGCAACAGGUCGCAGCCCCCCACCCUCCCCCCCUUCUCGCGGGAUCUCGUGACCACAGCGUGUUCAUGAGAUCAUCCCCACCACAAGUACUAUAACUAACGUUCUGCUUCCUACGAGUCGCCCGUUAGCCGAAGACAGAAGUCCUCUUGUUUGGGGAAGAAUCUCUUCUACGAGGAGGUGAAGAAGAAGAAGAAGGACGGAGAAAUGUGGGUAAAGGAAUAAAGGAAGUCUGGUGCUGUUGUCUGGACAGCGAGGCGCCUGACCACUGCCAUCAUUAAUAGCCCCCACUGAGAGAGAGAGAGAGAGAGAGAGAGAGAUUGGGAGAGAGAGGGAGACCAUCUUUGGCGCCUCUAUCUCUCUUCCGCAUGGAAAUGCCAAACAAGGGGUUAGAUAGGAGAGAGAGAGAGAGAGAGGGAGUACUUCUUUCUGAGGGAUGAGUCACCCCAGCUAGCAUUAGACCUUUCACUUGCAACGCAAUCGUUUGUUUGAUGAGGAAAACAAAGGAGUGAAAACGAUGAUGAUGAUGAUGAUGUUCCUUUCCCUUUUUGUAGAGUUUGUCAAAGCCUCGUCAAAUUUCCAACUUCCGUCGAUCUUAGCUUUAAAAGUGGUAUACAGAUUAUUUUAUUAAUAUUACAUGGAGGAUAUCUCUCAGAGAGGCUGAAUGUAUGAAUAUUAUGUUUUAUCAAAAAAACGUUCAGAAUUCAUAUUAAAAUGUUUUCAAAUUCAGAUCAGAUUGUAAGUUUAAUGUCCAAUUGAAGGUUCAUUCAAUAUUCCACUUGUACUAUUUUUCAUUUUCGUUUAUAUUGAAGCUAUUUGUUGUAUUUUGUAAAUACUUUAGUUUUAAGAGUCGCUACAGAUCUCUAUAUUCGGUAAGCCUUAAAGGCUGUUGCUUUGAUGUCACUGAGAAAAACAGGAUGCUGUUUUUUUAUAUGUGCCAAAUGUGCGAAUCUAGCGUUGCCAUUAAAAAAAAUUGUAAUUAAUGAGGGGAAAAUUUUUUUUAUUCAUUGGGUCAUUUUAAAUUUUCAGCCAAAAGUUCAAUUAGGGUUAAAAAAAAAACUUAUCCAAACAGCUAUACAUUGGUAUUGUUUCUUAAGUUUUCAGCCCAAAAUUCCUAUGUUUUCAAAAGCAAAAUUUGUAUUGUUUCUCAUUUCUUAAUGGCAAUGUCUAUUAACUUCUAUUUACGAAGCUAUUACUCCUCUGUUCGUACGCUUAUAACAGAGGGAGAAAAUAGAUUUUAAAAAAAUACUGUGAUAAACAUAAUGUGUUUUGGCUACUGCUUACCUUCAGAUCUUGUGUUUUGCAUUGUUUAUGGAGAAUUUGAAGGGGUUGCUGCCAAAACACGUGAAAUUAUGUAAUAUAUAUGUAUAUAUAUUAUAUAUAUAUAUAAUUAAUGCCCAUUUUGAAGGUUAAUUCAAAUACUGAUCACAUUUCUAUUUUGAAAGUUAAUGAGCAAAUUCUUCAAUAUACUCUUUUUAAUAUCGAUACGAAAUUCACAUUUUGGUUCAAUAGCAAAUUCAGAUAAUAAUUCAUCAUAUAUUUUCAUGUUAUUUAAUUUCAUUGUAUUUAUUACGUCCCAAUUUGCAAAACACAAAAAAGCUACAUUGUGAUGAAGAAUAUCGUAAAAAAAAAUUCUAUUUAUGGUAUAUUCAAUUUGUCAUGACUUUUUCUAAUGUCAAUAUAUGUAAGUUUAUUGUUCCCAAAGACAAUUUGUUUUGUAUAAAGACUGUUGUAUUUAUAUUAAAUCCUAUUUUUCUAUCUUACAA